AUGGAUUGCAUUGUCGAGGCCCAGGAUGGUGCCAUUGCUCAGGAGCCAUACAAUUUGGCAUUGCAGGAUGCCCAGCACCGUCGUCCCGACUCAGAGCAGCGUCAACUCGAGGCGAAGGCGGUGCGUAACGGCGUAGACGUGACGCACCGAAGGCGAGCCAGUCACCUGCUAGCGACGUCGGGCACCCACCGCGAGCGCCAGAAAGCGGACGGAGGCGAUGAAGAUGACCGGUCGGCGGCGCUGAUGGAAGCACCGCCUGCCGACACGGCGCCCGUGCUGGCUUCGGACACGGCGGCGGUCGCCGGGCAGGCCGCCAGGACCUUGGGCUCGCCGCAGCUCAGGGUUCCUGCGCCGACCACCCUUCAGGUGCCCCGACACCGCAGCCUCCCCAACGACGGACAGGUGGCACCGCGCACUCCUGAGCAGCCUGGUGAUCUGGAGCUGCUUGAAAAUGGCGUCCCGAGCCCGUCCAACCGCAGCAGCACGUGCUCGGAGAUCGUGCGCAUUGAGCAGAUGGCCAGCGACCAGGACUCACCGCCAGAGACGAAGCUUGGCAAAUACAUCGGCAGAAUCAGGGGCCUUAAGAAAUGGGCUGUGCGCCACAAAAAGACCAAGGAGCCCGAUCGACCCGACUCCUUUUUGGAGAAGUUCGCCAUGGGACAAACGGCCGAAGAAGCUGCAGAGCCUCCCAAAGGAGAACAAACGAAGCAAAGCUUCUUCCAGAAGCAUGGUCGUGCUUUUGUUGUGGACCCUUCUGAAAACUUCCACUACCGGUGGCUCUCCGUGAUCAGCGCUGCUGUUCUUUACAACGUGCUCGUCAUUGUGGGUCGCAGUGUGUUCUGGGAACUGCAGAACGCGAUGCCUAUCGCUUGGUACGUGUUCGACUACACCUGCGAUGGCAUAUACCUCCUCGACAUGGUCUUCCACGCCAGAACAGGAUACCUUGAGCAAGGCCUUCUUGUCAGGAACACUCGCAAGCUCCUGAAGCGGUACAUAGAAUCCCUCCACUUCAAGCUAGACCUUAUCAGCCUGGUUCCGACGGACGUCGCGUACUUCUUCCUGGGUGUCGAGUGCAAAGUGCGCGUGCCCUGCACGGUGAUAGUGCGGCUGAACCGUCUGUUUCGAGCGUACCGAAUGCAGGAAUUCUCGGACCGGACUGAGGCCCGCACAAUUCCGUACGCGUUUCGCAUCGCCAAGCUUAUAUUCCUAAUUUUGGUGAUAAUCCACUGGAACGCGUGCCUAUACUUUGCCGUGAGCUACGCCAUAGGCUUCGGGACGGACAAUUGGGUGUACAAGAACAUUAGCCUGCCCGUGUACGGUACACUGCGGCACCAAUACAUCUACAGCUUUUACUGGUCGACGCUGACCUUGACGACCAUAGGUGAAGUGCCUAUUCCCGAGAAGGAUGCGGAGUACGUGUUUGUCGUCAUUGACUUUCUCGUCGGUGUGCUCAUUUUCGCCACCAUCGUCGGUAAUGUGGGCAGUAUGAUCACUAACAUGAACGCUGCGAGAGCCGAUUUCCAACAUCGCAUGGACAGCGUGAAGCAGUAUAUGGAGUUUAGAAAGGUGAGCAAGGAGCUCGAGAACCGGGUCAUCAAAUGGUUCGACUACCUCUGGACAAACAAGCAGUCGUUGGACGAGGACAAGAUUACGUCGAUGCUUCCGGACAAACUGAAAGCCGAGAUUGCUAUCCAUGUGCACCUGGACACGUUGAAAAGAGUGAAACUCUUUCAAGACUGCGAGCCGGGACUUCUAGUGCAGCUUGUGUUGAAGCUGAGGCUUCAAGUUUUCAGCCCCGGAGACUACAUUUGCCGCAAGGGCGACGUUGGCAAGGAGAUGUACAUUGUGAAGAGAGGAAAACUGAGCGUUGUUGGUGACGAUGGACGGACUGUGUUUGCCACGCUAAGCGAUGGUAGCGUGUUUGGAGAACUCAGUAUACUUAACAUUACCGGCAACAAGACCGGAAACCGUAGGACGGCAAACGUCCGCAGCGUUGGCUACUCCGACCUUUUCUGUCUCUCCAAAGAAGACCUCUGGAUAGUGUUAGAGGAAUACGCCGAGGCGAAGAAGAUGCUUAUUGAAAGAGGACGCAGCAUACUGCGGCGUGACGGACUCCUGGACGAAGACGCCGUCAAGGCUUCCGAGAAGGAGCAGGAGUCCCUGCAGGGAAAGUGUGAACGGCUUGAGAAAGCAUUGGACAAUCUUCAAACCAGAUUUGCCCGGCUUCUGGCGGAGUACAUGGCCUUCCAGAUCAAGAUGAAGCAGCGCAUAAGCAGACUAGAAGGACGCACGGACGUUGAUGACAACGGACCAGUGACUGUGGAUGAUGACGAUGACGCUGCUAGUCAAAGCAGCCAGCUGUGA